UUGUCUACAAAUAGCACGUCUGAGAACCAAACGUGGACCUUCGGCCGUUGUGGGGAGGGGGGGGGUGCGUUCGCACCCCCUGCACCCCCCUGGGUACGGGCCAGCCAUUAUGUAGACAAAACUAUAUAAAGUAAGCGAAUUAGAUUAAAAAGGGCGUUCGAGAUCAAUCUGGUAUCUCAUAAAUCUUUAAGUCAAAUUUUUUUUUAGCCAAAUCAGAUAAUAAGCGUUGCAUAAAAAUGGCAUAAAAAUCCCUUUAUCUAAUGGGGGUGGUAAGAUUUUUUAUCAGGAAACUCACCCCCACCCCUGAAAAAUUAGGUCCACUUUUCCGGAUUCCGCACUUCACCAAAAAAACUCCUGGGUACGGGCCUGAUUUGUGCUUCAUGAUUGAUUGGUCCAUUUGUACUUAAUAUAGACAAAGAAAGAAUAGCAACCUCUUCGGAUAAAAUGAAAACUUCCAGUCGCUUUGUGCUGUGAUAGAUAUCGAAUACUAUAUCCCUAGAAGUUUUAUAUACGCACAUAUUUUUUUAGUAUCUCAGACAGUGUAGAUUCUCAACUUUCUAAUAAAAUCUUGACAAGUCACAAACAAUCUCAAACGAUUGCAAUACAUUCUGGUAAGGGCUAACUGCCCCCCUUUGAUUUGGGAUCCAAUGAAAAAAUAAAAAUGAUUGAAAGACCUUUAUAAAGGCGUUUUGUUUGCCUUAGGUUAGCGAAGAGAGAAGAAUUACUCGUAUAUUUUAAAUCCUUGAACUAAAGAGUGUGAGAAAUUUCCAUCGUGGCUGCAUCAGAUGCGAAAAAAAAUCAUAGAGCAUCUUGAGUCGAUUUUUGCAGUCAGGUUUGAUUUAAAAGUUCAUUUAUAUAUUUUUGCUAUAAACAAUAUAUUUUAUUAUCAUCUAUAUUUUGAUCAAAUUAAACGUUGUUAUGAAAAUUGAAGAAUUUAGUUCGUAGCAGGUACUUUUCACGGGUCAGCAACCUCAUCGAACAUGGUGAACCAUUCAAAGGGUUAAAAAUCACCGACAAAAUGGCAAAACGGCCAGGGCGAAACAUGAUCUUCCAGGGAAGAACUCGUCUCUUGAGGGCUUGACCAAUUCACGCUAUGGCAGGCGGCAGCGGCCUUGAAAAUGGUCUGACCCGAUUUCUAAACGCCCUUUACACUUGUUUUCGCUUUAUUUCUCGGUUACUAAUUUGUUUUCAGUUUUGCGAAUGUAAUUGUAAGAAGCCAAACAAUGGAAAGAAAUCCUCAAAGAGCUCAAGUCUUGAGAAAAAUGGCGCGCAAGGAAGCCGUGAUCGUGACUUAGACGGGAACAACUUCACGUUUCCUAAGCGAUAUGUUCUUGCCAUUAUGACGUUUUUAGGAUUUAUGAAUAUGUAUGCGUUGAGGGUGAACUUGAAUGUUGCUUUGGGGGCAAUGGUGAACAACCACACCGUUAAUGUAAAAGGCAUGAAGUUUUUAAGGGAGGCUGAGUUUCACUGGAAUUCCAAGACGCAAGGCAUUGUACUCGGUUCUUUCUACUAUGGCUAUGCAUUCCUCCAAAUCCCUGGUGCGUGGCUUGCGCUAAAGCUCGGAGGUACCCGGAUAUUUGGCUAUGCGAUAUUCAUGGCGUCCAUGCUGACCCUGCUGACGCCGAUAGCGACACGAUGUAGCGUGUACGGGAUGAUCACGGUCCGAGCUGCAGAAGGACUUAUGCUCGGUGCUGUUUUUCCGUGUAAUCACGCCAUAUGGAGCAAGUGGGCCCCUCCUCUAGAGAGAACAACUCUUGUCACCUUGGCUAUCUCAGGUUGUCACGUGGGCACCAUCAUUACCAUGCCGUUGUCUGGUUUGCUUACCAAAUAUGGUUUUGAUGGGGGCUGGGCCUCGGUGUUCUACUGCUUUGGUGCUGCCGGGAUACUGUGGUUUGUUGCCUGGCAACUGAUUGUGCAUGACAGCCCUGACGAGCACCCCACUAUAUCUGAGGGCGAAAGGAAGAUGAUUAAUUCCGCGACUGCGCAUAUCAAGACUGACGUCCCUGUGCCUUGGCGCGCCAUGCUAACAUCAGUACCAGUAUGGGCCAUCGUGGUCGGCAAUCUGGCCGCUGACUGGGGCCUCUAUACCAUCCUCAUCUGCUUGCCCAUGUUUCUUGUGGACAUACUACACACGGACAUACAGACAAUGGGCUUCCUGGCCGCCGCUCCCUUCCUGGUCAAGUCACUGUCAGGACCUUUUGGUGGUGUAACCGCUGACCUGUUAAGAAGGCGCAUGUCUACCCAGUCGGUUCGGCGGCUUUAUUACUCCGUUGGAGCUCUUGGCGCCGGUUCAUUCAUAGUGAUCGCGGGUUACGCCACCAAUGCUACAGCGGCCGUGUCAAUCAUGUGCGUGGGCGUGGCCGCCUCGGGACUAUUGCAUUCUGGGUACAAUGUAAACAUGUUGGAUAUUGCCCCACCUUACGCGUGUAUAAUCAUGGGAUUGUGCAACACUCUGGGUACGACCGCUGGCUUCUUGAGCCCGCUGCUGGUCGGGAUUGUUACAGUUAAUAAGGAAGCGCGUGAGUGGCGCACGGUUUUCUGGAUCACGUUUUUCGUGUACCUUGUGGGUGCCAUCGUGUUUUGCACGUUCAUGUCCGGCGAUCUACAGCCUUGGGCUGGAGGGAGCAAACUCCCCCCUGAGGAGGACAGACAGGAGCUGCAGCUCACUGAAGACGGUCUCUUUCCGAGGGCCGACCAAGAGGAAGAGAAAGUCAAGAUGGCGGAGAAGAGUUAGGGCUCGAGAAUUAUGCGCAGCAAACAGAUACAUCCAAGAACUAGAAAAUUGUAUGGUUUACAAUUUCUUUCCGCAAAAUUUUAGCUGGAUGAAUUUUAGCAAAAUUUCAAAGCUAAAUAAAAGCCUUUGAUAUCUUC